AUGUCGGCGGCUGCUGUUGCCAUCCGUAUUCGGAGUGCACUAUCAUGUAGCACGCCGUCUUCGAAGGAUCUUGCGGCUGUCACGGAGAGUAUUCCGACACUGAGACCCGACGAGCGCUUGCAGUUGGUCAUGUCCAAUACAUGGGGCGAGUUGAUUGUAGCACAUCUUCCCGAUGACAACGUUUUCAAGUUGUUGCAUGUGCUCUCUGAUCUGAGGCCUCCACCACCAGCCCGUGAUAGAUUCUUUUCCAGCUUUGAUAUGCCAGGAUUGUGUGAGGCUUGUGCAGAGAAGCUCCGGGUUGCAUCUAGCAAGCCAAUGUCCGUUACCAUGCGACUAUGCGUUCGGAAUCUCGCGAGGUAUCCAGUUUUCAGGCUUCGCUUGUCUGGAGCCGUUCCAAUUCUCGCACAGUCUCUUUUGGAUAGAGAAGUGGACAUGGAUAUUCUUGCUUCCAGUGCCGCUGCCUUGUGCAACCUAUGCUGCGACAAUACACUCAAGGUCGAUGUUGUUCGCCUAGGUGUGGUGCCAGCUCUUCUGUCCAACUUGAAGCGGUCCCCUAAGAUGUCUGCUGCAGAGGAUCUUGUAGCAUGUUUAGGUGUGCUUAUUGCUGGCUACCCCCCUGGGGUCGAGGCCCUCUUCAAUACAGGAGGCGAUGCAGGAAUUCUCGUGGAGUGCUUGUGCAGCAGCCAUCCUGCCCUUCAGACCCUGGCAGCGGAAAUUCUGGCAGAUGUGUGCAGCUGCUCCAGGGGCUUCACAACAUGGCUUGUGAGUGGUACCGAGCUGCUCGGCAGUCAUCUGGGCCGCCUCCUGAGCCUCGACGGAGAUCCGCGCUUGCUGGGUGCCUCCCUGAAUCUGUGCGAGCGCCUGGCGGAGGCGGAGGAGUUCGCCAAGGAGGUCCAGAAGGGCCACGCGGUCCAGGCUCUGCAAGCGAUAGCCGAGCUGCCCGCGGACCCCAGGGAUCCCCAAGAGGCCGACGCGCGACGGCCACCGACCAAGCAGGAGCAGGCCAGAGGACUGCUGGGCAGGAUUCUGUUUUUCUAA